UUUCAAAGUUCAGAACUCGAAAACUGCACCAAAGAACGUACUGAGUAACAUCAUUUGCCUUUUUUUUGUCAUAUUUCUUAUUGUUUCAUUAUUAUAUUAGUUGUAUGUUACUAUGCUGUUAGUUGGAUAUUUAUAAUUUCUUUCCACUUCCUCUUUAAUGUGAUUUCUCAAAAAUCAGAUGUUGGGAAAUAUUCCUUUAGCUUGGUUUAGGUUCUUUGUAGCAUUGAGCUGGUUGUUUAAAGACGCCCUGUUUUGUAUUUUGGAAAGUGGAUUCAAACACUUAGCUUUUCAUCUAUUUUUUACUGGCUAUUUACCGCAUUAACUCUGUGGCAUCACCAUGAAAGCAGCUCCAUUGUGGAUCCUGGUGUCAAUGGCAGGAUGUUGUCUGAAACUUGCAGCUGACCCCUUAAUCAUGACGAAGUACUUUCUGUCUGGGGAGCGUGAUUGGGUCAUUCUGCAAAAUCCAGAUCUUACUAACGGAACAGAAUUCAGUUGGGAAUGGACUUCUCAUAAUGGGAAGACCCAACAAACUGAAAUAGCAAAAAUAACAUUGUCAGAUGACGGCUACUCCUGGAUAUGGGGAAAAGGGGCAUCUUUUAAUCGACAUAAGAACUAUGGCAUUCAAAUGGCACCUAAAUUUGCAAAUGGAGGAUUAUUUAUUUUUUCACAAACGAAACCAACACGGUCCAUCCUGGCACAGACUGAAGUGAUCGCAGUAAGAGUUGUUGGCCCGCAGUCUGAUUCCAUCAUUGGUUCUGAUGUGAGCUUCAGCUGUGAGGCGUCUCGUCUGCCGGAUUCAGUCACACUCCAGUGGGAGAAAAAAGAAAAUCACAUCCCUAAUACCACUCUGCUCCACGUCAACACAGCCCACAUCAUUAUCCACAGCGUUGACAUGCGGAGCAGUGGAGAAUACAACUGUACAUUCAGAAAGAAUGGACAUCUACUCUAUUAUGCUAUUAAAACGUUAGAAGUCAAACAAUACUCCAUCAGAAAGCCGUACACUCUGUACAGAGAGGCGUCCAACAGCAGUGAAGUUACGCUUAUAAACCAACGAUACGAUUGGACCAGCAAUCUUCAGUGGUACUGGAGACCCACUUCACGUGAAACUGCGAAGAAUAAACAGCCUGUCGGUGCCAGAAUGAUAUUCCCAUCUCAGGGCUUUGAUGGUUAUUACAUACCUCUGCACAUCUCACCAGUUACGUAUGAGGAAAGCGGAAUGUAUGACUUAUAUAUUAAUGAAGUCUUGUUCAACACUAUAACACUGGUAACACUUAAAGUGACUCUCGAUCUCCCCGGAUGGCUCUUUGGGAACAAGACCCUUGUCCUGACCUGUGAGGUGUCAGAGACCACAAACCCGUUGACCCUGGCCUGGUUGAGGAUGGAGGGGAACAGGGGGGUGCUGGAGAAGCGGGAAGCUCUGAAUGACAAACACCUCAACAGGAAGCUCCAGCUGAGCCUGUCCAACCCCAGCAGAGACCGAAUGCACUGGGCUUGUGCUGUUUUCACAGGGAGGGCACUGAGAGCAACGGCGUCCCUGCAGAUCAGCUUACCUGAUUUACCCGCUCCAUCCGCUUCACAAGGCAACAUUAUCCCAAUAGUAGCUGCUGUUGGACCACUCAGCGCUGUGUUCUUUUUGGCAGCUCUGGUGCUGUUUUGCAAGAGGAGACACGCAGCAGCCAUUCCUCUGUCACCAAGAGAAGUACAGAAUGACUUAGAGCUUGUACCUGCCCAGACUGAAAAUAUGUACAGCAACGUUAUUUAUCUCCACGAGGACACAGGUAACCCUAUAAGAACAUCAGUUGCGGACGAGAGCCAAGAACUACACUAUGCAGCUUUGGUCCUAAGAAGUCUUAGUUCUAAAGAUUCAGCAUCUCCUGCCUCUACGAUGGUUGAACAGUCAUAUGCCGAGCAAACGAAUGACGUGGUGAUCUAUUCAGAUCCAAGGACAGUGUGAAAUGGCUGUGCGGGAUUCUGUCUGCAUUUUCUGUUUUAAACUCCGACACCUUCCGAAACAUAAUGGAGAAUCAAACAACUCACACACACACAGACACGCACACAUACAUUGUCAUCCGUUGACUUACAUGCUAUUGAGUAACCGAUUGUACUUAAGUCACGUCAGACCCUUAACAUUUAUAGAGACGUCUGAAGUAGACGUAGUGGAUUUUAGCAGCAAGAACCAAAAUGAACUCACUGCACUGACCUUACAGAGGAUUUAGUUAGAUGUAUGUAAUAUUGUGUCUUAUGUUAUGUAGAGUACAUUUGACCUCUCCCCAAUAAUGACCGUGAUUGCGUCCAGAUUGAGUUACGUCCUCGCUUCCAGGAUGAAACCCAGAUAGAAGUUGAAAGUUACAUAAAAGCGCGUUACGCACACCACCAUACCACUAGAAGUG